AUGUCGCAAGCCAAGAUCAACGGCAAGAACCUGCACUAUGACCAGUCUCUGCCCCCUUUCCUCGCUCGUCUCCGUGGCCAGGCGACUAUCGACUCGCAGUCGCCCGACCCCAUCCUAGCCGCCCGCCGCCGCCCCGCCAAGCAGAGAUCCGGGAGCGAGGAGGCCGAAGAUGCGCCGCUUGUCGUCGACGAGAGCGGCAAUGUCGUGUCCAGCGUGAGCGUGGAGCGGGACGGCACGGUCAAGGAGAUCGGCACCAAGUCGAACGAGCACGAAGGCGCCAUGCCUAGUGAGGCGGACGAUGGCGAUGACGAGCGACGGGCGGACCCCGUGGAUCCCGUCGCAGAGAAGGUAGCCAGUAUUGGAGGGGCCAAGAAGCGGAAGGCGGGUAGGAUCGUAGGCGGCGGAGGUGUUGAAGAGGAUGAUCAAGGUCCUGAUCAAGACCAAGGCCCAGACUCCCAGCCCAACGCCAGCAAGAAAAUCGCCGAGAUUGGCAAGCACGAGAAGAGAGAAGCAAACAGACCGGUUGUCAAGGGGAAAAAGAAGGUCAAGAAAAUCAAGUUGAGCUUUGGUGACGAUGACGACGGCGACUGA